CUAGCCUAUGUCUGACCUCGGGGUUAAUUUUUAACCCACACACUACAGAAUAACCAGAGCCAGAGGGGGAAAGGCCUUCACAUUUCCCAACAUGCACAUGUUUUGAGAAAUUUUAGCAUUGGUACUAUACAACUGAUAUCCUGCAGUGUUGAUGGCCAAGCAAACUCGUUUGAGCGAAGAGAACAAACCGCCCUCUCAGGAGACAGCAGGGCUUGCCAUUGAUGUUGAGCCGGCACCGAAUCUAUCCCCUAUUUCGGAUUCUGAGAAGAGCCAUCACCAUGAUCCAGAGAAGGGCAGAGUCAUUACGUACCUGAAAACUCGUAAAGCGGCCCGCCAAGAUGCGAAAAAGGUCAAUCCCGUUUUGCAAGAUACAACAGCGGUAGUAGCAGCAGCAGCAGCAGCAGAAGCUCCCAAAAGACCAAAACUCCGCUUCCCCAAUCCCAUCAAGUCCCUUAUAAUCCUCCGCGAAAAGGACACCCUAAUCGCCCUCAUAGCGAAUGCCAUAAUGUUCGCUGCCUUCUACGCCAUGAACGCCGCCAUCACCUUCCUCUUCCACGACAUCUACGGCUACAACAACUUCCAAAUUGGUCUCUGUUACAUUCUCAUUGGUGCCGGGGUGUGCAUAGGCUCCAUCGCCAACGGCUUCAUCCUCGACUAUAACUACCGCCGCAUUUCCAAGAAAACUCGGCAUCCCCACCGUCCGCAACACGCAGCAAGACCUCCGCUAUUUCCCUAUCGAGCGUGCACGGCUGUAAAUCGUGUUCCCGCUGGUGUUCGUGAGCGCCUGCGCCAUUGUGAGCUUUGGAUGGGUUCUGCAUUUCCUCGUCCCGAUUGCUGCGCCGCUAGUGCUUCUUUGCAUAUCUGGGGCUGCCCUUACGAGUGCUGUAAAUACGCUACAGUAACGGCAUCGAAUAAUUUGGUCCGCUGCUUGUUUGGGGCCGGUGCCACGGGGGUUAUUUCUCCCAUGAUUCAUGGGCUGGGAGUCAGGUGGUGUUUUACCCUUAUUGCUUUUAUCAUGGCGGCCACAUCCCCUGUCAUGCUCGUCGUGAUACGCUUUGGGCCAAAGUGGAGGGAAGAGGGGCGCCUUAAGGCCGAGGCGCGAUCAGAACGAUAUGAUUCAGGUUGCCGAGGGAAUGGAGAGUCGGCUAAAAAGGAUAUUGAUAUAUCGGCGCAGCGUGAGUGGGGGCAAAUGGUUUCGGACGAGAGAAAUCUGUUCCAACGACGAAAUGACCAGAACAUGAGUAAUGUGUAGAAUUAGAUAAUUAUGAAAAUAUCUAGUGACAUUGAAUAAAGCUAUUUCCAAA